ACGACCUUUGCUCCCUGUUUACGGCAGGACCGUGCGGAGUGUUAUGGGUAUGCUGACCGCAGUAAGAAGUGCAGGACUUUGCUCAGUUCAGAAGUUAACUGUCUCUCUCACACUUCCACGUUCAGCCCGGUUCGGCAGCAUGUCGUUGUGUCGAACCGCACGCACAGUUCCAGCCUCGAUUCUGGGCUCCAUGGCGUUCGGGGGGCGCGCAGACGCGGGCACGAGCACCAAGAUGGUGCAGGCGUUUUUGGAGCGCGGGCACGACGAGCUGGACACCGCGUUCAUGUACACGGACGGGAGCGCGGAGGCGAUCAUAGGGGCAAUGCAACUUCCUCAGACGGUUCGAAUUGCCACCAAAGCGAACCCCUGGGAGGGGAAGACGCUGAAGCCGGAGAGUGUGCGCUCUCAGCUGGAGACCUCGCUCAAGAGGCUGCGCACUCAGAGCGUCGAUAUCUUCUACCUGCAUGCUCCGGACCACGAGAACCCCAUCCAGGACACGCUGAGAACCUGCAAUGAGCUGCACAAGGAGGGAAAGUUCAGAGAGCUCGGUUUAUCCAACUACGCCUCGUGGGAAGUGGCUGAAAUCUUCACCAUCUGUAAACACCACAGCUGGGUUCUUCCCACCGUCUACCAGGGCAUGUACAACGCUACCACGCGACAGGUGGAGACGGAGCUGCUGCCGUGUCUGCGCUACUUCGGCAUGCGCUUCUACGCCUACAAUCCCCUGGCAGGAGGUCUGCUUACCGGGAAAUACCACUACGAGGAUAAAGACCAGGCUCAACCUGCAGGACGCUUCUUUGGAAAUAAGUGGGCUGCUGUGUACAGAGACAGGUUUUGGAAAGAGAGCCAUUUCCAGGCUAUAGACGGCAUCCUGAAGGCCCUGGACACCGCGUACGCUUCCGAGAAGCCGAGCUUGACCUCGGCCGCCUUACGCUGGAUGUAUCAUCACUCUCACCUCAGGGCCGAUCUCGGAGACUCUGUGAUCAUCGGCAUGUCCACCAUGGAGCAGCUCCAGGAGAAUCUAGCUGCAGCUGAAGAAGGUCCUCUAAAGCAGGAAGUGGUGGAUGCCUUCAAGUGUGGCUGGGAUUUAGUGGCUCAUGAGUGUCCUAACUACUUCCGCUAGCCACAUGACGGACUUUAAUUCCAGCUGGAGAAGAGGAUCUGCUGUAACGUUCCUGAAUUAUAGAAAAUGUUAGAACCUGUUUAAACUCAAUAAUUCAAGUUAAACACUGACUCUUUUUGUACUCCAGCACUUAAUUAUGACAUUCUAGCUAUAAAGCACUGCUGGUAAAAACACA